UUCACUCUCUCUCGUCCUCUCCUCCUCCCUAUUCCCCGGCGCUCCCGCGCUCAUCCUCUCUCUCCCUCUCCCCUCCUCCCUCCGUCCUCCCCCUCCCCGCUCCCCCUCCCCGCUCCCCCUCCCUGCUCCCCCUCCCCGCUCCCCCUCCGCCCAUCAGGUGCGUCAAGGUGCCCGUCUCCUCCCCCCCAAAUGUUUGGGGACGUGCCGGACGACCCGCACCACUGGCUCAGGGACGAGAGGCGCAAAGAGAACACAACUGUGCGCCAAGGUGCCAUUCUCCUUCCCCUCAAUAUUCGGGGAGGUGCGAGACGAACCCCACCACUGGCUCUGCACGAGAAGACCCUCACCCGCUGCUCUCCCCCUGCCUCUCCCGCCUCCUCCCCGCUUCCGGCUCCCCCUUUCUCCCUGCGCCCAUCAGGUGCGCCAAGGUGCGUCAAGGCGCCCUUCUCGUGCGCCAAGGUGCCAUUCUCUUUCCCCCCAAUGUUUGGGGACGUGCGGGACGACCCCCACCACUGGCUGAGAGACGAGAGGCGCAGGAAUCCGGAGGUCCUGGCGCAUUUGGCGGCAGAAAACGCGCUCACAGACGCUCUAUUGCCUUCAUGUAGUGACGGGAACAUGGGGUGUACGGGGAUGAAAGGAGAAAGGGAAGGAGGGGGAGAGAGAGAGGGAGUGUCCCUGCGCGUGCUGCUAGAAGGGGAGAUGAAAGCGCGAGUGAAGCAGGAGGACAGGAGCGUUCCUUUGAGGAAGGGUGAUUUCUGGUACUACACCCGAGAGGAGGAGGGUAAACAGUAUCCCAUCCACUGCAGGAGAGCAGCUGCAGACUCUACAGCAGCAGGCAACAGCAGCAGCUGCAGCAGCAGCAGCAGGGAAGGAAUGAGUGGAUCAAAGCAGGAGAAGCAGGCAGAGGGGGGAGAACUUACCUUUGAACAGAGAGAUUAUUUCUCCGAGUGCAUGGAUGAAGGGGUUCCAGAGGAGAUAGUUUUAGACGAGAACAGGGAGGCGGAGGGGCGAAGCUUUUUCCACAUUGACAGUGUUGUUGUGAGUCCGAACCAUGGGUUUGUGGCGUAUAGUCUCGAUACGAGGGGGGACGAGAGGUACUCUAUCCAUGUCCGGCCUAUCUGCUCGGGUUCUGCUGCUGCUGCUGCUGCUGCUGCUGCUGCUGCUGCUUCUGCUGCUGCUUCAGCAAUACUCUCGUCUGAUCUUUCCUUAGUACUGCCGCUCUUCCAAACCAUGAGUAACGACGACCCGUGGGACUUCGAUUGGAAUCCAUCCGACGAGGAAGAAGCCAGUACAGGGAAUCGCAGUUCGGUUAAGAGGUCUCGAGGUGAGGGUGGAUCGUCACGCGCUGGAAGGAGAGCUCGUUCAGCAUCCGGAGCGCGUGCUAAGAUUCCCCCUCUGGCACUCACACUCGAGCCCACGACAUCUAACAAGCAAGCUGAAGAUCCUCUCCCCGGACCUUCUGGAAGUCGUCCCGUCAUGUCGGACCCGGUCGACAAUUCUCCAAUCCCGGAACUUUUCAAGGGGUGGACGGCGUCGUCUGUAAAGGGUUUUCGCGACGAUUUCAAGGAUCUGCUUAAGGCGAAAAGCAAACUCAAGAAGAUGAAGGAACUUGACCGUCAAGGCGUGAUUCUCCACAGCAUCCGCACGAAGACCGUGGAGUUCCAGACGAAGUUUGCCUCUGUCAAGGAGAAAUCUGCUGCGUCCGUCUCAGAGAUUCACUUGGCGAAUCAAAAGCGGCUGCAAGCGGAUUUUAUCGCCUCGGAAGCACUGGAGAUUGAAGAACUUCAGAAGGCGGUGGACUCGCACGUCGUCGCUCUAGCAUCGAGGAUGGAAGAAUACAUCAAGAGCCUGAGUGCUGACCCCGACUUGGUUGUGUCUGACGCCGCCAAGGAGAAAUUCCGUGUUUUCAAGGGGCGUUGUAACGAAAAGGCGAAUUCUGACAUCCAGACCGCAAGGGAUGAGAUUGUCAUCCGUGAGCUCGAUCGACAGAACAAGGCUGCCGCCGAAGAGUUGAAGAAAGCAGCUGCGUCCGAGGAGGUGCAGGAAAUGGAAGUGGAAGCUGGGGUUGGAGAGAUCAUGAAUCAGCACGCGAAGCGGAUUGAAGACAAGAUUCGGAGGGAGAUGAUUCCGAAGAUUGAGGCCAAUCUGAUGAAGAAGCUGCUGAAAAAUCUUUCGUUGGGAAAACAGGAUUCCCCCCAGGCUCCUGCUGCUGACGCGAAGCCGAAGAAUGCCCCAGCCGGAAAACCGAUGCAAACUACUCCGAUGGAAAAGGAGCGCCACUCAGGGAGUACGGCCGGGAAUUCCAAGCCGAAAAAGAAGCGCGGGGGUAAGAAGAAGAAGAAGGACGGCACCCAGGACCAGCAGGCGAAAGGCCAGGCAGCAGACGUGAAGGCCAAGGGACCAAAAAAACGGCGGAGGCGGCCCAGGAAAAGGGCCGCACAAGAACUAACGAGCCAUGAUCUGGCGCUCCGCUGGUUCGGACAGCUGACAAACGUGGAGGUGUAUGGAGACCACAGCGGCUCGUGCUUCUUCCUCCUCCGCCGCUCCGAUCAGAUGCGAAACUCGCAGCUCCUCACGCUGCCUGUUGCUGACGCUGCUGAUGCUACUCCUACUGCUGCUACUGCUGCUGCUGCUGCUGCUGCAGCUGAGGCUGUAGAGCCCUCAGUGGUGCUCCCGCAUGAUCCCAGACAGACCGACCACAGCAGGUCGCACUUCUUCCUCCUCCGCCGCUCCGACCAACUGCGGAACUCCGAGCUCCUUGCCGUGCCUGCUUCAGAAGAUGCUGAUGUGGAGGGAUCUCAGCCGUUGGUGCUGCUGCCGCAUGACCCCAGUGUGAAGCUCCAAUCAGUGACAGCCUUCAAGCGCCACGUGGUCGUGUUUGAGAGGGUGAAGGGGCUCCAACGGAUCAGAUCCAUCCCCUUGCGAUCCGACGGCUCUCCUGCACCUGAAGCUGCCAAACUGGUGGAAUUCGAUGAAGCAUCAUACGAGAUCCGGGCCCUAAGAAGCCGGUUUGACCCACCUCGCAACGUGUUACCUCAUACUCCUUCCACCACCCCGUCUCCUUGCUUUGCCUUCAACAGGGUGGAAUUCGACGAAGCAGCAUACGAGAUCCGAGUCCUCAGAAGCCGCUUCGAAUCGCCCCUCCUCCGCUACUCUUUCUCCUCCCUCGUCACCCCCACCACUGUGUUCGAGCGAGACAUGGACACAGACAGGCAGGCUGCUAGGAAAGUCGACUGGUCGCCCCUCCUCCGCUUCUCCUUCUCCUCCCUUGUCACCACCACCACUGUGUUCGAGCGAGACAUGGACACAGACAGGCAGGCUGCGAGGAAAGUCGACUGGCUUGGGCCAUCUUUUGACCCCUCGCUCUACUCCUCCCGCCGUCUCUUUGCCACAGCAGCAGACGGCACACAAGUCAGUCCGUCGUUCGACCCCUCGCUCUACUCCUCUCGCCGUCACUUCGCCACGGCAGCAGAUGGCACACAAGUUGGUCCAUCCUUUGACCCCUCGCUCUACUCCUCCCGCCGUCUCUUCGCCACCGCAAAAGAUGGCACACAAGUGUCCAUAUCGCUCGUCCAUCGCAACACCCCUGCCAAUGUUGCCGGCGCUCCCAGCGUUUCUACUGAUGCUGCUGCCUGCAGUGGGCCCCCUUGGCCCAUGCUGCUCUACGCCUACGGUGCUUAUGAGGUGCCCUCGCGCCUCUCUUUCUCCCCCGACCGUCUCUCCCUACUCGACCGAGGGAUGGCGGUGGCUGUAGCGCAUGUGAGGGGAGGAGGGGACUGGGACUAUCAGUGGUACCUAGACGGGAAGCUUCUGAGAAAGCGCAACACGGUGUGGGAUGUGAUUGCGUGUGCCGAGCACCUGAUCAAGGAAGGGUGA